GGCAUCCUCCCCGCAUCCAUCCCGGCCGCCGCACCGCGGGCACUCCCCCCCCCUCCCCCCUUUCCAGCCCGCACCCCAUGGGCUGCGCGGUGCCCCCGGCCCGCAGCCGCCCGCAGCCCGGCAUGGAGCUGCUGAGCGGAGCGCUGAAGAAGAGAGCAACGGAGCAGCACUACCGCGCGGAGGUGAUGAUCGCCGGAGAGCAGCUGAGGCUUCGCCUGCACGAUGGAAAGCUCAUUAAGGACAGGCGUUACCACCUCCGAACUUACCCCAACUGCUUCGUGGCGAAGGAGCUCACGGACUGGUUGAUUGACCACAAGGAAGCCCCAGACCGAGAGACGGGCAUCCGCCUGAUGCAGAAGCUGAUGGACCACUACAUCAUCCACCAUGUCUGUGACGAGCACUCAGACUACAAGGAUGCCAAGCUGCUGUACCGCUUCCGCAAGGACGACGGGACCUUCCCCCUCAGCAAGGAUGUGAAGGUGUUCAUGCGGGGACAGAGCCUUUAUGAGAAGCUGGUGAGCGUGGAGGGCUCCAUCCUGAAGGUGAGGGAGGAGAACUCGGUGAAGUACCAGCGGGCGUUCCUGGGCUGCGAGAUGGUGGAGUGGCUGGUGCAGGAGGGAGAAGCAGAGAGCCGGAGGGAAGCGGUGGAGCUGGGCCAGGCGCUGCUGGAGCACGGGAUCAUUCAGCACGUCUCCAACAGGCACCGCUUCCUGGACACUGACAUCCUCUACCAGUUCUGGAUCAACUUCCGACGGCGGCGGCGCCUCACCGAGCUGCUCAGUGAGAACUCCUCCCGUGCUCUGUCCGAGAGCCCCGACAGCCCCUUCUGCCUCCGCAAGCUCAACCCAGAGCCAGGCAACACCAGCUUUCUCUCUGUCCAGCCCAACAAGGAGAUCAAAGUUGUCUCAGCGGUUCGGAGGAGCAGCAUCACUUCCCUCGCUGGAAACUCCAACCCCUACUUCAGCAUUACUCCCACGUUGGUUUUCCCUCCUGUGGCUGAGUGCAACCCCAAAUCAGUGUUAAAGAGACCCGUCACCAAUGAAGAGCUCCUGUCCCCUGGGGCCCCCUACGUCAAGAAGACGUUAACUAUCGUGGGGGAUGCUGUGGGCUGGGGCUUUGUGGUCCGAGGAGGCAGACCGUGCCACAUCCAGGCUGUGGACCCAGGAGGACCUGCUGCUGCUGCAGGCAUGAAGGUGUGCCAGUUUGUUUUCUCAGUGAAUGGCAUGUAUGUUCUGCAUCUGGACUAUCAGACCAUCAGCAGCCUCAUCAUGACGGGACCACGGACUCUUGUCAUGGAAAUCAUGGAAGCCAUUGAAUGAACGGAGGAGCCUCAUCCCACCGCUGCAUGGAAGAGCAGUGCUCUGCAAAAUAGGGAUGGACUGUGGGCAGGGACCAAGCUCGACCUUUCAGUCUGAAAUGUUAGUCAGGCAUUUUAACAUGUUUUCAAAUAAACACGUUCUAAUGGGCAAA